AUGUCAAAGAAGGUAAAGGACACUCAACUUUACGAUAUCCUAGGGGUAUCCCCAGAAGCGACUGAUAUAGAGUUGAAGAAGGCUUAUCGGAAACUCGCUAUCAAGUGGCAUCCCGAUAAGAAUCAGUCGGAAGAGGCAGAAGUCAAGUUCAAGGAAAUCGGUGAAGCCUACCAGAUACUUUCCAAUGCCGAUACCCGAGCUUUCUACGAUAAAGUCGGUAAAGAUGGCAUGAACAGACCUGAAGCAGAGAAUAUGGAUCCCACGGAGAUCUUUGGUAAGAUCUUUGGAGGAGAGGCUUUCCUCGAUUACAUUGGAGAGAUCGCUUUGGUCAAAGAUUUCACUACAACAAUGGACGUUGUCAUGACACCUGAAGAAAGAGCCGAAAUGGAAGCAGCCAAAGAAGAGGGAGCUACCGAUUCAACUGUUCCUGGAGACGCGGAAUUAGCAUCCGCCAUGUCUGCUGCUGCCGUCACGUCUGAUGCAUCUGAAGGAACCACUACCAACCCUACCGCCGCCGCUGUAGCUGCCGAACAGUCAAAUACUUCAUUGGCCCAUCAUUCGUCUUUUUCAGCUUCUGGAUCAGGAUCAGUCUCCGCUCAAGGAUCAGCUUCAGGUUCUGUCACUACUGGUGGAGCCGGAAAGGAGAAAAAGGGAAAAGCGAAAUUGACCCCGGAGCAAAAAGCUCAAUUAGAUGCUUUGGAGAAGAAGCAGGAGGAGGAGAAGAAAGCCAGGGUCGACGGUCUUGUCAAGAAACUCACCCAACGUAUCAGACCUUUUGUAGAUGCUAAACAUCCCGGAGAUAAAGAUGAUCCCGAGACCAAAGUAUUCGAAAGUAGAAUAAAAAUAGAAGCAGAGGAUCUGAAACUAGAGUCUUUUGGUGUCGAGAUGCUACAUACCAUUUCUCAAGUGUAUAUAACCAAAGCUGGCAACUAUCUAAAAGCUAAGAAAUACUUCGGCGGUGGAUUCCUCGGAAGACUGAAAGAGAAAGGUGCUAUGGCGAAAGAAGGAUGGGGGUUACUUGGUUCGGCUAUCGGAGUACAAAGCGCUAUGCAGGAAUUUGAAAAGCUCGAGGCUGCAGGUACUGCCACACCCGAAGAGAUGGAAGCUUUAGCCCAGGAUUUGUCAAGUAAAAUGUUGUUGACCACUUGGAAGGCUACAAGAUGGGAAGUCAUCAAUGUUUUGGGUGAUGUGGUCGAUAAAGUCCUUUAUGAACCUGGAUUACACAAGGAUGUAGCCGUAAAACGUGCAAAAGCUAUCAUGACGAUUGGAGGGAUUUUCAGAGAUGUCAAAGCUGAUGAAUCGGAUGAUGAACGACGUGAACUGGAACGACUUGUAAUGAACGCUGGAAAGAAGAAGGAAAAGACAAAAGAGAAGAAAGCUACUGGAGGCGGUUGGUUCGGAGGUAAAGCCUCUGAAACAAGUAGUCCUAAACCCGAAUCUGUCAAGGAAAAAUCAACACCAGCUACAGGCGAAAAGGUGAAUCUUUAG